GGAUUUUGGCUUCUCCACAGUCUGCUCCUGGAAACCUGGACAAUAGUAAAAGUGGUGAAAUGAAAGGUAACGGAAGUGGAGGAAGCAGAGAAAAUAGUACUGUUGACUUUAGCAAGGUUGACAUGAAUUUCAUGAGGAAAAUUCCUACAGGAGCUGAGGCAUCCAAUGUUUUGGUAGGAGAAGUGGACUUUUUGGAGAGACCUAUCAUUGCCUUUGUGAGACUGGCUCCUGCAGUGCUCCUCUCAGGGUUGACUGAGGUCCCUGUGCCCACUAGGUUUUUGUUUCUGUUACUUGGCCCAGCAGGGAAGGCCCCACAAUACCAUGAAAUUGGCAGAUCCAUAGCCACUCUCAUGACUGAUGAGAUUUUUCAUGAUGUAGCUUAUAAAGCAAAAGAUCGAAAUGACCUUUUAUCUGGAAUUGAUGAAUUUUUAGAUCAAGUAACUGUCCUUCCUCCAGGAGAGUGGGAUCCUUCUAUACGCAUAGAGCCACCAAAAAGUGUUCCUUCUCAGGAAAAGAGGAAGAUUCCUGUCUUUCCCAAUGGAUCUGCUCCAAUGUCUGUUGAGCCUCCUAAGGAGGCUGCUCAUCAUGCUGGGCCUGAGCUGCAGAGGACUGGACGGCUUUUUGGUGGUUUGAUACUUGACAUCAAAAGGAAAGCACCUUUUUUCUUGAGUGACUUCAAGGAUGCAUUAAGUCUGCAGUGCCUGGCCUCGAUUCUUUUCCUAUACUGUGCCUGUAUGUCUCCUGUAAUCACUUUUGGAGGGCUGCUUGGAGAAGCUACAGAAGGCAGAAUAGUGAGUACAAAAGAUUGGUAGUGGCCAGGCUCCCAGCUCCUCAGAGGCAAGUGUCUGUAUGCAUUUGUCUCACUAUUCACGCUUGUAUUUGAAGAGUCUCCC